AUGGACAGUUACAUCGACCGAGUAAAGAAUCGUGUCAUUAACAACAAUUCUGGCGCUCCUCCAUUUGUACUCGCCAAUGAUAAAAAUACAUACAGACCAUCCUCUUUAUUCUCCGCAUCUUCUGCACCCACAAUUAGACUCCAAUCAUCCUCAGCGACUCUUAUACAACCAUCUCAACAAUCUUCAAUACCACCAACCAGAUAUGGCGCAGGCUACAACCGACCGCCCUCAAUACUACACCCCCACCGACAAACAGGAUCAGGAGCCCCAACACAUCUACUGGGUCCAAUUCUGGGGGCAUUCGCAGGUCUAAUCGUCCUGGCCGGGUUUGUGCUAUGUCUGGUCCGACGAAGACGUCCGUUCUCGAGGACUCAAAAGGUCUUCCACACCUUUCAGGAAACCAACGAAAGCAAAACACGCCAGGGUUGGGGAACCACAAUGACACACAGCUGGUCUACACUUGGAUCUUCAAGCAGUGCCUUUUCUGCAUGUCCUCCGCCCCCUGUCUACACACCCAAGGAUACCCGACGACUGACCAAUACAACCCUAACAUCCAUGACGGCCACAGACACCACAUUAAACACAGCCACUCCGGAUGCCCAACUAUCAUCACAACAAUAUCAACCACCACUAACAGUAGGAGCAGUAAAAUCACAAUCACAAAUACAAACACAAACAAAAACAAAAACAAAAUCAAUAACAGGAACAAAUACACUCGUGGAUCUAACUCCCUUUCGACAAAACUCGCUGUCUUCCAAAAACCAAUACACACCCCAAUUAGCCUUCAGCCCCAGCGCUAUGGGAGAUCGGUUCAGUAGUGAAUCCCUCCUUCACGUAGCUCCGGCCUGGUCUUCCUUUAUGAUAUCCGCUCGCUCAACCGAACAUCCUGUCAAUAAUCCCAAUAAAACAUUCCAAAGAAAAUAA